AUGGCCGCCAUCUUACCAUGCUAUCGCUCUGCUCGCGGUCGUGACCUUAGCUUCCAGCUCAGCCUCCUAGAAUACUUCCCAAAUCGCGCCUUUAUAUCUCUCGCCUUAGGCGCAACCUGGACUACGUUCUUAAACGCCUUUGAGAUCCUGAUUGUGUCAAACGUCAGCCCUCAAGACCCCGGCCUUCAGUUGGACAAUCCUGGAAACUCAAUCUUCCAGGCAUUUCGGGCAGCUACAUUACCAUUCAACUGGCGGCGCGUCGGAACCAAGUGGCAGAUUAAGGUCCCAGCUUCGACGGAAGAUGCCUCCAUAACUGGGCGCGCGCGUUUCCUUUUCAAGAGACUGAGCGUUCUAGCCGUCUGCUAUCUCGUCAUAGAUCUCUGUGCCGCGGGUCCUCCGCCGGACCCAAAUAUGAUUGCGAGAGAGAAGCAAACUAUCUCGUAUCUGCUUGCUUCAACCUCAGAAGACGUCGGAUUUCGGGUGAUCACAACCAUCGUCUUCCUUAUCAACGCAGCUCUUGGCGUGAUCGGAGCCCACAGCCUUCUAGCAAUUGUUGCCGUCCUCCGCGGUGACCAGCCACAGAGCUGGCCUCACAUCUGGCAGGGCUGGCCGAGUUAG